CUACUUUGCGAUUGUCGACAUUUUCAAAGCCCCGACCCUUUCCACUUUCCAUCAUCGUUAUCAUCGAAACUCCUAUAAGCUGCUACUUCACCAUUCUUGUUUUCAACAACAACCCAUUAUUUCCCUUGAUUCCUCUUCCUGGCUCUCCGGAGAAGCCUGCUUUUUAACUGCACCCAAACCCCGCCUCUCUCUGCAUUGCCCUUCUCCGUCGCAAAACUAUCUCGAUUCUCCUCAGUGAGAUACCAGUUCCGGAAGAUGGCUGCAGCAGCUUCUAAUCUUCAAAUAGCAACACUAAGAAACUGCCAAUUGCCCUCUAGGAAAGGCUUCAAGCCAUGUGGAACCACACUUAGUGGCAGUUCUAAAGCACCAUCAUGGGCGAAGCUUUCGAGUUCUUGCAAUUUGUCAUCAUUGCCCUUUUUCCAGCGGAAGUUUGUCUCAUCUUCUGUGAAAGUUGAGAGAACUGUUACCAAAGCAAUGUCUGAAGCUAAUGAAAGUAAGCCCGUCUCUGGGCUGCCAAUUGAUUUAAGAGGCAAGAGAGCAUUUAUUGCUGGUAUAGCUGAUGAUAAUNNUUUUCGGUUCUCUGUUGGGAAAAUGUUUAGUAUUAGAACUUUUAUUGUCCAGGCCUUGAACAUUUUUGAAUCCAGCUUGCGACGUGGAAAGUUUGAUGAGUCACGAGUAUUGCCCGAUGGUUCUCUAAUGGAGAUCACAAAAGUAUAUCCUCUAGAUGCGGUUUUCGACAGCCCCGAAGAUGUUCCUGAAGAUAUAAAAACAAACAAACGCUAUGCAGGAUCUUCAAAUUGGACUGUGAAGGAAGUUGCUGAAUCUGUGAAGCAAGAUUUUGGCAGCAUUGAUAUUCUUGUGCACUCCCUUGCUAAUGGACCAGAGGUAACAAAGCCUUUGUUGGAGACAUCUCGGAAUGGUUAUCUAGCAGCUUUAUCUGCAUCAAGCUACUCUUAUAUUUCUCUACUGAAGCAUUUCGUUCCAAUCAUGAAUCCAGGUGGUUCUUCAUUAUCCCUCACAUACAUAGCUUCUGAAAGGAUCAUUCCAGGGUAUGGAGGUGGCAUGAGUUCUGCCAAAGCUGCUUUAGAGAGCGAUACACGAGUACUUGCUUUUGAAGCUGGAAGAAAAUACAAAAUCAGAGUCAACACAAUAUCUGCCGGUCCAUUAAGAAGUCGAGCUGCAAAAGCUAUUGGAUUUAUUGACAUGAUGAUUGAUUAUUCAUCAGCCAAUGCACCUCUGCAGAAAGAACUAUCUGCUGAGGAGGUGGGGAAUACAGCUGCCUUCUUGGCCUCGCCUCUUGCUUCUGCCAUAACUGGAGCUGUUAUUUACGUCGACAAUGGUUUGAAUGCAAUGGCCGUGGGAGUCGAUAGCCCGAUAUUCAAGGAUCUAGAUAUUCCAACAGACAAGCACUAGAUUUCCUUUUAUAUUGGUUUGGUUGAUGCCUUGCCAAGGCUUAGAAACUUUAGCCUUAGAGUGCUGUUGUCUCAGCUACCUAGUUCAUUACUCUUUUUCCUGUUGUUGGAACCGUUAAUAGGAGAAUAGCUCGGCCAAGCUGCCUCGAUUUUGGAUUUAUGUUUCUAAUUUUUGCUCUUUGAAUUCGCCAUAAGGGUAGUUCAAAAUCGUCCAAGUAUGGAUGCGGGCAUUGUUAUAGUACACGUCUGAGAGUAGUAUUUCUUCGACAUUAUGAAAUUACUACUGACUAAUUACGAGCACUUAUAAUCUUUUCCACGG